AUGUUAUGUCAAAGUACUCUAAGUAAACAAUUAUAUUUGUUUAAACAAUCAAACUUAAAAAAUAUUAAAUUGUUCUAUUUAUUACAAUUAUUCUUUUUCUAUCAAAUGGAAGAUCGAUAUUUAAGAGCUAAAGUAAAUUUUAUAUACCAGAUCUCAUCAGGUGGAAUCCAAAGUCAUUUUCAAUUAGAGUUUGAAGGGACUCACAUUGAGAAUAUCAAUGUUUACGAAAAAGAAGAUAUAGCUAAUAAUAACAUUGAGAGAGAUGAGAAUAAAGAAUGGUCAAGAGUUUGCAAAAACACAACCUACACGAGAACAGGAGUAACCAAAGUAUUCCAUUUGGGUGCACGUGAUACUCCAUCUCCUUUCGAAGGACAAUUGGCAUUCUCUUACAUUACCAUCAAAAGCCAAGACGAGACCAUGCCUAGGAUUCUCCAAAACGAGAUUGAAUAUCCGGCUUCACCUAAAGAUUUCAAUACAAAGAGUUCUAUUGAUAUCCCAAAACUUUCUAAAGACCCAUUCCACUUUCCAGACUCUUACUACAUUGAGACUCCAAAUUUAAAUUUAAUUCGCUUGGUUAUUCGAAAGGUAGUUUUACUUUUCCCAAAUAUGAUCAAUAUUAGUUCAGUAACCUAUAUAUUUCAGCAAUUAUCGAAGGGUGGAAUCAAUAGUCACUUUGAAUUUAGCAUUGAUGACAAAUCAACAAAGAUAAAAGUCCAUCAAGAUCAAGAUUCUUCAAUUGAAAAUAUUGAAAAUGAUAUAGAUUCAUUAGUAGUGUUGAUCUUAAAAUAUGAUACAAUCGUACCCAAUGAGAUAUUGAAGAGAAAAUACAAAGACUUUUCCUACUGCAUGACUGGAAGUAGCCAACCUUACUCCUUUAACAAUAUUAUCCCUCCAUUCACAGGAAAAACAAAGAUAAACAGAUUCAAAAAGCUACGAUGUGAUGAGAACACCAGAGAGUUUCUGGAAGUUGAAUAUUCACCAAACAUCGAAAUCACAACCCUUAAAAAAAAAGAAAAAGAAUUCGAACCAGCCAUAAAUAAUCUUAAUGAUUCAACAUUUAUCUCAAUACCCAAUUUCAACUUGAUACGAGUAGCUAUUAGGAAGUUUUACAUUAGAAAACCAAUUAAGCCAAAAUCUUAUAGAGAUAUGAACAAUUUUAAUAUUGAGAAUCAUAAAGUUCCUGAAUUAGAGUUUCAUCAAUAUAAAAGAAAAAAAGAACUAGUAUUGAAAGACUUUGUAAAAUUACUAACUAAAGGAUUUGGAUUUAUUUGA